AUGUCAAAUCAAAGCAUUGUUUUAACGACAGAAUUUAUUUGUAGGGAAUUGUCUAAUUACGCCGAUGAGGUAGUUCAAUUUAAAGGAUCCGUAGCCGAAUAUGACUUGUGGUUCCCAAACGGCCCCAAGCUUGAUGAAGCCAAAACAAUUAAAAAUGUUAAAUGUUUUGUUUGUAAUCAUGCUGGAAAGCCACGUACACAUACCAAGCCUACAAAUAGCGAUGAUAGACCUGCCAAAAAUCCCGCAUUUAGUCUAUCAAUCAAGUUGGCUGUACCGCAAAAUUCAGAUACAAAGAAAUGCUCAACGGCCAGAAUUCCUAUGGAUGGUGCUUGGAUUGAACAUAAAAGACAUGCACUUACGUCAUGCACAGGGCAAGCGUUGUUACUUCUUCACCAUUGUUGUGAUAACACUACCACAAACAAAGGCUUACCAGCAGCAUUCUUCAUCACCAGUGACGAGUCUUCAUAUGCAUUGACCAAAUGGUUGAGAUGGUUGAAUGUAAACAACAAGUUGAGCGAAAAUAAAAUUAUGAUCGAUUGUAGAAUAAUACAACCGCAUGAAGGAAAGAUAAUCGAUCUUUUGUCUGCUUUAACUCGUUUAUACACAUACGUUGUUGCUGAUUUAGGGUCUAAUAACAAUAUCCCUACCUAUUAUCUCACCCCUUCCUAUUUAUUAUCACUUCCCAAAGUUGAUACACCAAUUUCAGUUGAAGUAGUUGUUGAAUUAUAUCCUCGUGGAUCUGGUAGUUCGUCAGCCGAAAAUACCUGUACGACAUCCGCAACAUGA